UGAAAUGUUAUUUUAUUUUAAUAAUGUAAAACAAACACAAAAUUUUGUAACUUAAAAAGUUUACACCCCAUGAAGAAACAUUUGUCACAGAACCUAAACAUCGCAUUUAAAAAUCAAUGUCACCUUAUCCAAUCGGGAAAACCAAAGUAGAAAUGUAUAUAAAUAUUUCCAAAAUAUUGUUAAAACUUUCUCUCAUUAAAUAGGUGAUGUAUUAUUUGAUUAUUAAACUAGCAUUAGAAUGUUCUAAAAGUCUAGAUUACGAACAAAGACUAUUUUAACCCUGUGUGAUUUUAAUUACUUUGGUUUGCAAUGAAGGCUCAAUAUUUUGUAAUGACAGUGCUUUUGAAAAACGUGAUGAGUGCCAUUUCUUAGUUCGUAAAUUAAUUAUGAAAUUUGAAAACAAUGUUGAAAACUUACACAAACUUUAAAUUACUUUUUCAAUUAUUGUACUGAAUAGUUCAGGCGCAGCUUGCUCCAAUUUCUGCCUCCAGCUUAGAAACUGAAUUCAAUCAUUUACAUGUUUACAAUUUCAUAUCCUCAACUCUUGUCCACGCACUAUUAGUUCGUGCCAAAAACAAUGCUUGGCCUCACUGUCCGCAUGAUAUUCGUAUUUUCAUGAGCUUACGUGAAGUAAGGUUCUGUAGCUCAAUUUGUUGCUUUGAUUCAACUCAAAUAGCCAAUUUAAAUAUUUAGGUCAAAUCCACUUGCUGCCGAAAAACUGAAACUAAUUCUGUGAAACUGCAACUUCUGAAAUAGUAAUCGAAACCAAAAAAGAAAAAACAGAUUUGAUGAUAUUUUGAACAAGACUAGAAAGUAUUUAUAGUUUUCGAACGGUCAAAAGUUCGGGUUGAAGAAGUAAUCCCGACGAGACAUGUCUAUAGUGUAACAUAAGUUUUGGUUAAAGGCACACAUAUUCAUGAAGUUUCAAUUAAACCAUAACGAAGGAUACUAUAUAUUAUAAACUAAUUUAGAAAUGUAGUGGCACAUUAAGGCACAACGAGGGACAUUGUUGUGGUAAGUGCAAUCCGAUAGAAUUAGGGGACAUCAUUUUAUUAGAAACUGUACAACUACUGUCAUUUCAAAAGUUAAUGAUUAUUUUAUUUCAGCAGUUAAGGCUGCAUAAAAUAAGCCAACAAACAUAAAUUGGUCUUAUUUUUAGAUUAAACUAUUUGUGGCUGAUAUUCUUUUAGUACGCCAUGAUAUUAAAUUAAAACCUGUAGUACUAUUAUAGGAUGUAGUAUUAGUACUAGUUGUCCAUAAUCCCUUACACGUUAAACGUAAUCAGCUCCUUGCCCCACACGUUCGUUUGCAAAAUUACUCAUUCCACUGUAAAAUUGCCUUAAUCUAAUCUUGAAAUCUUAACAAUUAGUCCAGAAUGGACUCAAAUAUACAGAUCAUUUACAAAUUGAGCAACAGAUACUUUGUUAAUCUGUAUAAACUGAUAGUAUUGUGACAUUUCCAAUGAAUCGGUCAGCUCACAAUCGGUACUCGUAUAAAGCUGUGAACAGACAAACAGAGCAAUUUAAUCAUGUAUGAUGUUGUCAGGUUGGUGACACUUUUCCUGGCCACAGAAGUGACAACGAUGGAUACAAGCCGAUUUGAGAAGCUAGAGGAAAAAGGCAUCCCAUACGAUUAUAACCCAGAAAUUGAGAUAUUAUCUAUCGAGAACAAGGAAUUGGAGAAAAAACCAACAUUAAAACCAGAAAUACCUCAGGAACAACAGGAAUCAGAAAGGUUCCGCCAAAACCCAGAAAAUUAUGAAAAUCCAGAGGGAAGACGGGAAUCAGAAAGGUUCCGCCAAAACCCAGAAAAUUAUGAAAAUCCAGAGGGAAGACGGGAAUCAGAAAGGUUCCGCCAAAACCCAGAAAAUCAUGAAAAUCCAGAGGGAAGACGGGAAUCGGAAAGGUUCCGCCAAAACCCAGAAAAUCAUGAAAAUCCAGAGGGAAGACGGGAAUCGGAAAGGUUCCGCCAAAACCCAGAAAAUCAUGAAAAUCCAGAGGAAAAACGGGCAUCCGACGAACAGCCAGUAAUAAACCAACUACGGACUACGAAAGAACAGGUUAAAUUCCUGAACGAAAAGUUUCAUUUUCACCCUAAGCCUAAAAAGGAAAAAGAUCCCCCAAAAUACAAAGAGGAAAACAAGAUAACUCAACAGGAAAUAGACGCCAUUGUUGAAGAGUACAAAAAAAGAAUACUUGAAGAAGAAGAAGCAGCCAAAGCUAAUGAAAUGGCCCAACUCAAUAUCGAGAUGCAAGACCAGUCGAUACCUGCUAUUGAGGACAAGGAAUGGUGGCGUCACGAGAAUGAGAAGUUAUGGAAAGAUUUCGAUCGUUCCGAACCCAGUGACUACGCAAACUCCGAACCCGUACGUGGCAACUCUGAACCCAUACGUGGCAACUCCGAACCCAUACCUGGCAACUCCGAACCCAUACGUGGCAACUCCGAACCCAUUCGUGGCAACUCUGAACCCAUACGUGGCAACUCCGAAUAAAAACAAUCUGACUGGCACAGACAUAGGAACAUUCCGUUUUGAUUCUUUAAAUUUCUUCUCGAGUGUUUCAUGACAAUGUGUUAUCCGUCUGAUGUAUUGGUAUGAAAUAAAUUAGUUGAGUUA